AUGGGGUUAAUUUUGGAAAGAUGUUUGUUGAUGUUGGUUUUGAUCAUGUUUCUGUCUGUAAAUGGAUACUCUUCAUGUUCUGAACAUGAGCUUCGUAACAAAACCAGUGUUCUGCCUGGGUUUUUCCCAGCUUUGGCAACAUGGUAUGGAGAUCCACAUGGUGCUGGAAGUGAUGGAGGAGCUUGUGGAUGGGCUGAUGAUGUGCAAAACCCUCCAUUCUCAGCCAUGAUAGCAGCAGGAAAUGCAAACUUAUAUCUCAAAGGCAAAGGCUGUGGGACUUGUUAUCAGGUUUUAUGCACUCGAGAGCCGUUUUGCUCGAGGAAUCCUAUUACUGUGACCAUAACCGAUGAGUGCCCAGGUGCAUGCAACAAGGUCCCAUUCGCUUUCGAUUUAAGUGGGACCGCUUUUGGUGCGAUGUCGAGUCCUGGACAAGCUGAUCAUCUACGUAAUCUUGGUCAAGUGGAUGUUCAAUAUCGAAGGGUGGCAUGCAACUAUGGUAGUACAAGUAUUGCAUUCAAGAUUGACCCGAUGACGAACCCUUACUGGUUUGCGAUGGCGAUCGAGUUUUGCGAAGGAGAUGGUGGUCUUAACUCGGUCGAGGUAGCACCAUUUGGCUCACCCCAGUUUAGAUGGAUGCAAAACACAUGGGGUGCGGUUUGGACAGCGCACAUUGACCCAUCGUUUCGUGGUCCGUUUUCGUUCAGGCUCAUCUCCCGGAGGAACGAAGCAGUCAUUGCGUAUCACGCUGUUCCGUACGGUUUCGUACCCGGACAAACUUAUUACUCGCAGAUUAAUUUUAGCAUGUAA